ACACAAACAUCGUCUAGAAUCUUUACAAAGCUGAAAUAACGUGAACUGGGAGAAAAUACCUGGAUAUUUGAACGUUUUUCGCCGUUUUCCCUUGGUUUUGGAAGGCUCAUAACACCCAGAGCACUUUAAUGKUAAGGUGUUUGUAGUAUUUGUGAAAGUUGGACGACCAGUUUGCUUCUCCUUGCACCAUGGACACAGUUCCAACAGCUUCAACCAAGAAGAUGAGAGUACGCAGUAAAUCCACCUCGGACGUUGGCGAGACUCAAAAUAACGACCAUAUUCCCACCUAUAAACGAGAAAAUAAAGUGGGAAUCAAUGGAAAAGCUAAUAAUGAACACAUGGUGAAGCAAGGAAGGGAAAAGCAGCUCGAUAGAAAACCUAGAACUGGUCUGAGAGGGUUGCCGAAGAAAGGUGGUGCAGGAGGAAAAGGGACCUGGGGCGCUAUUGGUGAAGUGCUGAAUGAAGAAGAUCUGAAAGUCAAGGAUCAUCAUGAUCCUAAUUACGAGUCCGAGGAAGAUGAGGAUGAAUUUGAAAUCAARGAGAUUAAGCCAGAAUUGUCAGACGAGGAGUUUGAUUUGCACGUUGAUCCAAUAAUAAUGGAGUACUUUGAGCAUGGAGACACAGAAGAUGUGGCUAUUUCUUUACAUGAGCUUAACAUCUCCUCCAAGAAGUACAAGGUCGUCGUUCUUGCUGUUACKCAUGCAUUUGAAAGAAAGGCAUCGUACAGGGAGUUGGCAUCAGUGUUGAUAUCUGAUCUCUAUGGUAAAGUGCUUUCCAAUGCUGACAUUGCCAAAGGCUUUCAAACUCUUUUGGAUGAUUUGGAUGACUUAUCAUUGGAUACUCCUGAAGCAUACGAGUACCUUGGGAAGUUCAUUGCAAGGGCAGUAGCAGAUGACUGCUUGCCUCCAGCUUUUGUAACAAACCAUCAAGAGGGAACUCGUCCCAACUCAUCCCAGAGRAAAGCUCUUGAUGAAGCCAAUGUGUUUCUUCGUAUGAAACAUGGUAUGGUGAGACUAGAUAGUGUGUGGGGUAUUGGUGGUGGGCGCCAUCCUGUCAAGUACCUCAUCAAAAAGAUGGUGUUGCUUCUGAGGGAGUACCUUGCAUCAGAAGAUGUUGAGGAGGCCUGCAGAUGUGUGCAAGAACUUGAAGUCCCUCAUUUCCACCAUGAACUAGUCUAUGAGGCUAUCUUCAUGGCAAUGGAGGUUGGUACUCAGAGAGUCAUAGACCUGAUUAGAGCUCUCUUGAAAAAGUUUUCAUCCACAAUGAUUGUGACGCCAGGUCAGAUCAAAGAAGGAUUCCAGCGUGUGUUUAACUCUAUGGAGGAUAUAACCCUAGAUAUCCCCCGUGCACACGUGUUGCUGGAGAAGAUCGUCAACGAUUGUACCAAGGAAUACAUCAUCCCAAGGUCAUUGAUCCUUAACAUGCCAACAAGAGGACGCAAACGAUUUGUAAGCGAAGGAGAUGGUGGAGUAUUGAAAAAUCGCUGUCAAUAAGCACCACUAUAGGAAAUACCUAGAUCAUGGCCACACACUAUUUUACCGGCUCACUCAUGGAGAUUGAAAACACCGUGGGACAAGCAUGCUGGCAUUUUAUCUACCCAAUCUGAGACCCACCCACCCUCCAACACUUACUAUGGUCACUCGAGGGAUUUCCCAUUGUAAAAUAUUUGCAUUCGGUGUUGUGUAAUUGUAUAAAGAAAGUUCCAAUAGCAUACAUUACUUGAUGAUGAAAUAAAGGUGUUUGCUUACCAGGA